UCACCAUGGUUCAGGUGUGCAGCUUUACAGUAUUAUUGCUUCUGGUAGCUUACGGGAGCUUUGCCAGCGGCCAACAGCAAGAGCGUGUCUGUGCCACUGCACGCUACACGGCCGAAUGUGAGCAGCUCCAGCGUGGAAACUCCGAGGUAGUAUGCGUACACGUCCAGGACAGUGUCGAGUGUGCCCAGCGCAUUCGCAACGGUACAGCCGACUUUGGCGUAUUCAGUGCGGAAAGUGUACUGCUUACGGCUAGUCUCGGAUGGGAAGGACUCAACGUACUUAAGGAGCUUCGCAGUGCGGAACGUACGCGUGAAGCGAUCGACUUCCAGACGGCCGUUGUGGUGCGCAACACCCACCGUGGUGGGCUUGAAGGAUUGCGAGGUUUGCGCUACUGUCAUCCGGGAUUCCAUUACGGUCGUACGCAUCGCUGGACGGAGCGGGUGCUGAAGCACUUUGAACGGCUCGUUGCUCCAGUGCAGUGCGAAGGUUUUAACACCGUGACAGAGAUUGAAGCGGCUGCUGUGUCCAACUUUUUCGGGGAGUCCUGCCGUCCGGGUGUAUGGUCGCAGAUACCUAAGGAGGAUUCCGAUUUAAAAGAAAAAUACUCGAAUCUCUGCGCGCUAUGCCCGAAUGCGUCGUCCUGCUCGUACGACGGUUUCGACAAUGGGCAAGAGUCGGCACUUCAGUGCCUGGAACGCAACGGUGACGUAGUUUACGCAUCUGUACUCGAAAUCCAGAACUACUUCAAGGAACGCAGUGCGAUCGCGAACGAUUUCUCGUACCUCUGCAAGGACGGUACACUGCAACCCGUCACCGGCAAUGCCUGUCCGUGGCUUAUUCGACCCUGGGGAACCAUAAUGGCAUCGUCGGCGAAAGCGGUACAAAUUGCGGCCCGCCUAGAUGUGUGGCUACGCAAUUCGCUCACCUCCGGCGCUCCGUGGGAAACGGCCAUCAUCGAUAUCCUCACGCGACACAGCUCGGACAAGAUUUCUGCCGCUGCCUCAAUUCAAGCACCGAGCGCGUACUACCUUUCGUUCGGGGCCGAUGCCGCGUUGCCCGUUGUAUCCGAUCUCUGCCAAUCGACAGCACGCUGGUGUACGACGUCACUGGAAGAGCAGGAAAAGUGUGACGUACUCUCGAAGGCCGGUCUAACAACCGGCGUAUAUCCGUCGCUCCAGUGCAACUAUCCGAUGACAAGCCGCAUCAGCUGUUUGAGAGAAAUUUCUGCUGAACGUGCGGAUUUUGCCGGUAUCGACUCUAACUACGGGUAUCUGGCGCGUCAGUCAAACUUGGCCGCCGCUCUUUAUCAGGAGACGGAAAAGGAGAAAUACUCGUCCGUGGUGGUGUUGGUGCACGAGGGCAAGGGACACGAUCGGUUCGAGAAGCUGCGCAAUGCGAAAGCUUGCUUCCCGGAGUUUGGAGGAAUUGCUUCUAUCGCCUUUGUAAACGUUGGACGAUCGCGUGGAAUAUUCGAUCGUAACGAAUGCGACUACGGCCAUCUGAUGAGCGAGUUCUUCUCCGAGUCCUGUGCUCCAGGAUCACGGGACGAUAUGCACGACCCAACUGGGGAAAAUUCCGAAACCCUUUGCGCUUUAUGCCGUUACGGCGAGAAGCCUACACCCCGCGAUCUCGGUGCUGAUGAUGACGGUCUAAGCACAGACGAACCAAUCGACGACGCGGUGGAAGAUGCAGAAGGAAUUGAUCCCGCAUUGCGAAUUAAUAACGAUGUCACUGUGACGGUCGACCGCAACUUGCUGUGCGCUGCAUCCGACGCGAACCGUUACUACGGAACACGUGGUGCGCUCCGCUGCCUGCAGGAGGCAGGAGAGGUGGCAAUAGUUGAGGCACAAAAUUUGGCCGAUCAUGCCAAAUUCCUGGCAAUGAAUGAGAGCGAUUAUCGUGUACUCUGCCGCAACGGUUCGCUGGCCGCAUACACCGGUUUCAACGUAGACGAGGAAUGCUUCCUGACCACUAUCGUGGACGGUGAGAUCGUUGUGCGCCGCCAGUGGGAAAAAUCGGACAACAUUGUGCACGUACUGACGUCGCUCGAUGUGUACCUGCAGAACGAUCCCGACUUCCGGAUGUACAACAUAUUCGGCGGCCAGCGCAAUCUACUGUUCGAGGACUCGGCGCUCGGGUUGGUGUCACCGCAGCAUAACGAGCUGGGCACAUCGGUGAAAAAUUACAUUCGUUUGUUUGAAAACAUUGAGGACUGCCAGAAUGCGGCACCAUCGACUACGAUUGCGCCGGGUGGUACCGGCGGCCGGGCAGCAAUGCUCACGGUUAAUUUCUUGCUUACCAUCAUUCUGGCCGGUAUUAUCGCUUGGAGAUUGUAAUUACUUCCAU